AUGCCGGUAUGUGGGCACUGCCAGGGAAAACCGAGUUGGUCAUCCUCCCCUGACGUCUGUGAAGAGAUGAACAAGAAGCGACCAAACAAAGGGGGACACUGGAACUAUGUCUCUUCUGAUGGCAUCCUUGUUGCAAGAUGGAAGGACAACAGCGUUGUGACAAUCUUGUCCUCUGAUGUUGGUGUGGAGCCCAUGGGGGCAGCCAAGAAGAAGGUUCCCAUUCCUUGCCCAUCUGUCAUCCAGAUGUACAACAACCGCAUGGGGGGCAUUGACAAGAGUGACAUGUUGACACACCUGUACAGGACCCCCUUCAAAGCAAAGAGGUACUAUAUGAGGCUCUUUGCUUACCUCCUUGACUGA